CUCUUUAAAAAGUCCGCAAUGUUAACUUCGCUGUAUACACAUGCCUCUGACGUUUAGCCCAGUGUACACAUCGCUGGCGUUACCACAAGCUGUUCGUUUGGACACCCAAGCCAGUAAGAGAAUCAACUGCAACAGCAGAUACAACCCAGUCGUGUACUGCUUGGCUCUGACCUGAGACCUGGGAAAGACCUUCCACCAUGCCGCUUUUCGGGAAAUCUCACAAGACCCCUGCUGACAUUGUGCGGACCCUGAAAGAAAAUAUGGCUGUCUUGGUCAAGCAUGAUAAGAAGACGGAGAAGGCAUCUGAGGAGGUUUCCAAGUGCCUCGUGGCAAUGAAGGAGAUCCUGUACGGGACGAACGAUAAGGAGCCGCACACGGAGACGGUGGCUCAACUUUCCCAGGAGCUGUACAACAGUGGCCUGCUCAUCCAGCUAGUGGAAAACCUGCAGGUCAUCGACUUUGAGGGGAAGAAGGAUGUGUGUCAGAUCUUCAAUAACAUCCUGCGACGACAGAUAGGGACACGCAGCCCCACUGUGGAGUACUUCUGCUCUCACCAGGAGGUCCUGUUCAUCCUUCUCAAAGGGUACGAGACCCCCCAGGUGGCCCUGAAUUGUGGGAUCAUGCUGCGGGAGUGCAUUCGGCACGAGCCCCUGGCCAAGGCACUGCUGCAGUCGGAGAGGUUCCGAGACUUCUUCAGCUACGUGGAGAUGUCCACCUUCGACAUCGCCUCAGACGCCUUUGCCACCUUUAAGGACUUGCUCACAAGGCACAAGAUUCUGGUGGCAGAAUAUUUGGAACAGAACUACGAUGCAGUUUUUGCUGACUACGAGAAGCUGCUUCACUCAGAGAACUAUGUCACAAAGAGGCAGUCCCUGAAGCUGCUGGGGGAACUACUGUUGGACAGACACAACUUCACAGUAAUGACGCGGUAUAUCAGCAAGCCGGAGAACCUCAAACUCAUGAUGAACCUACUGAGAGACAAGUCUCUCAACAUCCAGUUUGAGGCCUUCCACGUUUUCAAGGUGUUUGUUGCCAAUCCUAACAAGACCCAACCAAUUGUGGACAUCCUCCUCAAGAACCAGACCAAACUAAUCGAUUUCCUCAGCAACUUCCAGAAGGACCGCACAGAUGACGAGCAGUUCAACGACGAGAAGACAUACCUGAUCAAACAGAUCAGGGACCUAAAGAAGCCAGCCUCUUAGACCUGCCCUGCUGCAUGCUCAGCAAUUGCCCCUUUUCUUUUUUUUAUAAUGAGAAAAACAAAAUUAUAGUAACAAUAGUCAUUCUUUUUAAAAUCUUCAAAAGAUUCAUCUUCUUUAAGAAGCUUGCAGAGAACUCAGCUGCAAGUCUUUGAUAUCUGCUUCAUUUGACAAACAUUGUCUUUAUCACUAGUAUUGUGCCACGGUGUGGCUUAGUACCUUUUUAAAAUUAGUUGAAACAUUUUGGAAAAUUCUGUGCAGAGCCAAAGGUUACAAGGUCCUGAGUAGGAGGUUAGACUCCCCUCAUGGAAUUGGCUUGUAGGAGGGGCUUGUAGAUGAGUAGAGUUUAAAUUUACAUUUUUAAUUGUUGAUAUGGGCCAGAAGAAUGAACACAUACUUCAACACUCCAAGACAAAUCCAGAUGAGUAAGAACAAUAAUUAUUUAAAUGGAUUUAUGGAUGUGUGGUGUAUAUUUAAGGCUCAUCAUUGUCGGUUUUAACGGAUUCACCUCGAAAAAUUCCUUGAUUUUUAAAAAGGACCAUUCAGAUUAAACCGGUUUUUUGGGGUUUUUCAUAUUGGAUGUUUCGCAUUUAGAAUGUUUUUCGAAUUAAAAUGUAUUGUGGAUUUGGUUGUCUGGACCCUUGGCGUUAAGAAAAUACCCAUUUUAGCUAGAUUUUUGUCGUCUGUGAAGAAGUUCUGGCAUGGUUGUUUUGUCACUCCACGUGUUACAAAAUAAGGAACUGUUGUCACUAAAACAGUGGUAUUGUAAAAUAGUUAUAGAAAUACAAAUAGAACCAUUCGUUUUAUUGCUUUCGGUAUCCUAUAGCCUAUUCUGUGACCAGAUUUCUGGAAAAUUUCACUGUGGGGAGAAAAAGGAUUGAAUGCAAAUGAGCACACUGGCCGUGCGACGUCAGUUAAGCUGGUUUUAAAGACUUUGUCAUUAUAACAGCAAUGUUAGACCUAUUCUUUGUGUACUGUGCGAACAUCAUUAAAUGUGCACUAGCAGGCACAAUAUAUCCAGUCUCCUGGAAUGCACACUAUAAAUGUUCCAUUAAAGUCUGUGGUUAACAUAAAUAACAAUGUUUAACUUAUUAAUUUUAAUUAAAGAUUUAUCCAGGAAAUUUGCAUUGUUAUUAUCAUCAGAUUUGCACACGUUUUUUAAAGAUAUAUUUUUCAUUCAAUUUUCACCAGUUUUUUGUAAAAAAUAAACCCCGAAAAUGAUGAGCCUUAUGUAUAUUGGAGAGGAAUAAAGUUUGCCUAUUUUUAUUUUUACUGUAGGAAAUAAGAUGGCUUUCUUUAAUAAUAGCAUAGUUAAAAAUGCUUUGUAUUCUCUGUGUUUGUGUGUGUAAAAUUAUCCAAAAUAUUUGUUUUGUGUUGAACCUUGAAAAUCCAGCCUUUCAAAUGACCAUUGUCACUUGAUUUUCAAAUUUACUCAAUGAAAGCUCAAAGAAGCACUGCAGUUUAGUACAUUUCAUUUUGGGCAAAUUAAGUGCUAAGCUGCCAAAAUUAAUUUAUUUUGUCAGUCUAAAAAACUAGGGGUUGCAACAAGUGGUACUCUAACGAAGCGUUUCUACAUGUCUCAGUAGAUAUUCAUCUCAAAAUGACAAGUCCUUAUCUUGAACCAUUUACCCUUAUAAACAUGGAGAUUAAUGUAAUCAUUUAGAAUCCUUUUCCUCAAAAGAAUCAGAUUGACUUUUAAUAUUUAUAGCUCCACUAUAAUAUCCCAGAAUGCACCUCACAUCCAGUUCCAUCAUUGCAGUGUGCCAUUUUAUUUUCUAUCGGUUGUGUAGACAGUGAGGGCUCAUUCCAGCUUAUUUUUCUCCACUUUUUUCCUCUCAUUGCUCCUGACCCAGGAAUCGAGGUCCAUCAACAUUCCAACCCCUUAAAUGUUUGUUCUAGGAGCUAGAGGUAUAAGUUAGGAACACCCAAUCUUUCAUUUGAGCAAGAAAAACAUCAGCGCAUACUUUGCAGAAAUAUUUUUUCGGAAAGCCUGACGUAUAAAUGUUUGAAGGACAUUCCAUUUGCCUAAUUCACGGUCUCCAUUUCCCUUUCUUUUCUUCUUUUUCUUUCAACCCUUCUUUCAUCCCUUAUUUUUGCAAGAAAACGAGAAGGAAAAAGUGGAGAAAAAUAAGGGAUUAGAAUGGGUCGUGAGUAUUUAUGUUUGCUGAGGGUUGCAGUGAGUGAUUCAAGAAUAAUAUAUACAAAAGCUUAUUAAAUGUAAAGAACAAUGUAUUAUGAAUUGAGUGGAGCACUCCAUUAAAUGAAACAUAACCCCUUUCAUAUAUUAUGCAUUUCAGUUAAAGUAAGAAAGACAUGUGCAAGGGUAUUCUUAUGAUUAGUAUUCAUGCGUGUAUAUGAUAUUCUGCAUUUUAUUAUUUGGGAAUAGCUUGGCAAAAUCAGUUGUUUUUGUUUUUAUUUGACGAAAUAAAUAAAAACAAACUUGUGUUUAGAAUAUACUUUACUUAGACUUUAAUAAUUGAGAAAUGAACCCCUUUUAACUAACUUUUACAAGUUACUGUUCAAUAUUAUUCAUGAACUCAUUUCUGAUAUUCCUUUAUUUAUUCAGAACAGAACAUAUGACUUGUCAUUGAAAUGGUUAUGAAACUGCAACAAAAAGCUGGGAUUAGUCUGAAAAAUGACAUGUCCAAAAUAUUUUACUUCUAAUCUGUUUCAAUGUAACCAGGACCGAACAGAUUUGCGUACUUUAAUUUGGGAUUCAGAAAAUUGGUUUGAGGGAAAGACUAAUUGUGAGCAGAUAUAUUUGCAUGUACAUCAAUCAUGUUUACCUGACCUAAAAUUCAGUGGCCACACUCUUGAUAGCCAUAUUAUAUAUAUAUUUGCCAAAUGUUUCCAUUAACAUUUUUUUUUAAUUUAUACUAUAUGUAAAUAAAGCAUUUUAACAGA